AUGUUGUUCUUACCACGGAUUCUUAACACAACAACAGUUUUUACCGACGCGUCUCGUUCCGAUACUAAUGAGAGUAAAUCAGCUCAUGUGAAGGAUGGAGUAGCCGUCGUUAGAUUCCUCCGCUGGGUCCACGAGCUGGUGGAUUCAGGAGCUAAUGUCACGGAGAGAAAUGUGGUCGAUAAAUUGGACGAAAUUAGAAGGGAUGGGGAAAGAGGAAGAUUAGGAUAUCUUCACAUAGUUACUGCACUCCUCUCCGAGCUGCAAUUAUUUGACUCAGUUAUAGAUUUUAUAUUGUAA